UCAAAUUUCUCGCUAAAUAAUAUGUAAACGUAACUUGAAUCUUGCCAUGCCUUGUGCAUGGAUUUUUCAAAAAAGAAUGAUAGGUAUCGACUUGUGUUGACCUACCUCGGCAUUAUAAGCCAUGGAAUACCUGUGUAAGGAAGUUGAUGAGAAGAUACGCGUACACGUAGAUAGUCCGGAGGUAAAAGACAUUAUGAAGGCGGUAGAUAUUUUGAUGCACCGAUUUGUUGAUGUGUUACACGAAUUCAGCCCAGCUACAAAGAUUGACCGUCUGCAGCUUUGUGGCAGUAUGGCUGAAGGAACUAGAAUAUGGUACCCUACAGAAUAUUUGUUAAACGACCUUGAAUUUGAUUACAUCGCAGUCAUGAAAUCAUUGCCCGUAAGUGGCAGUUUCGUGUUCAAGCAUUGUUGCGAAGGGGCGAUGGAGGUCAUGUAUGAAGUGACUGACCCGCAAUCAGUACAAGAUAAAUACGUGAACUUACACGAAGACAUAAAAUCACGAUUCAUAGAGAUACUUGUGAAAGGUAUUAAUGCAAAAUGUGAAAAAUAUUUCUGUACUGGAACGUCGGGUUUCCAGUCCGGUUGUAAAUGUUGCACUGUAUAUAUGAAAACUGGAAACUUGAGAUAUUCCAUUGGUCGUGGAUCCCAAAUUGCUUUCGUGUGGUCAAGUAUAGAUAAAAUGACAGUUAAUCCAUUUAGGUACAACAAGAUGCUAAACGCAUCUCCUGACCACGCAGCCACAGACAUGUUUCAAAUCAUUGUUGAUUUUCACCCUGUUAUAGAAGUAGAUAUAUCCAAAGUACAGCCGAAAGACGAUGGAACGGGACUACCGCUUAUAAAGGAAAACACGUAUUUUGUAUUCCCAAAACACUGUUACCCUGCAUGUAGCAAUAAGUGUUGGAGAAUAUCAACGUGCCAGACAGAAUUGCAAUUGUUGACAGAAACCUCUAAAGAACACAUAUUAGCAUUUUGUGUAUUGAAAUUUAUUGGCCAAUCUGUCGAAUUGGACGGGUACGGCGGAUAUGUGCAACAAUAUGAAGCAAAAUGUGUAGUUCUUAAUCACAUUAAAUGGUGCAAAACGCCUUAUAUUGGAGCUCAUGUAUGCCUUCUACAAAUGAUGAAAGACAUAUACAAAUGUGGAACCUCUUUUUUCCUACAACAUCCAGUUUUACCAUACAAUCUUCACUGUGUUUUGAGUACACGUGAAUAUAAGUACAAACACACUAAUUUUCACAAAACUUUGUAUUUGCUGUUUGCUAGUCAGAAGGAUAUUUAUUCUAUAAACGACUUUUUAAACGACAAUAAAUCACUAGCAGUACUGGAAUGCGGAAUGAGAAAUGAAAGAGGUCGUAGCUUUAUUGAUCUUCGCAGUUUGUUGACCAAAAGGAACAAAGCAACUCCUGAAGUAGUGUUAAAAGAAUUAAACGAGCGCUACCCAAAUUACCGAAUAGAUAAUAUCAUGGAACUAGCCGUAUAGGAGUUUGAAGGAGACUGCUGAAGUAAUGUUUAAGGAAUAAAAAGAGCUUUACCAUAAUUGCGUAGCAGAUAAUAUUGAACAAAGCAACUGCUGAAGUAACUCUAUUGUUUAAAAGAAUUCCUAUAGUUUUUUCCUUUCAUAGUUGUUUUCAAAUUCACAUAUAUGCUAGGAAAAGUUGUGCUGAAAACAAUGAACAAAUAACAACAUUGGGUCACAAGGCUUGUUUUUGUGAAAAAUUGUUUUGAACACACCCACUGUUGCUGAAACAGCUAGCGAGUUUUCAACAUUAUCAUGAUUUUCUGCUUUUUAUAUAAAUACCAACCAAAAUAUGCAUCAAGACAGCAUAAUAAGGUUUAUUCUUUUUA